GAUAACUAUUUUUGAUCUCCCUAAGUAUGAAACUCAUCGGGGGACAUCUCGAAGUCGAAACAUUGCUGAAAGAGAAAGCCAAAAAUGUCUGCAACUCAGAGUCAGCACGUGCUUCGCUUGGUUCUCUCCUGCCGAAGCAUCAAGGCUCACGUGACUCAGCCGGGGACCUCCUACAUCGUCGCCAUGGCCUCCUCCACGGAGCAAGAAUUCCUCAUCCAAUACCGAUCCAAGCUCGACCAAUUCCCCCGCUCCCGCCGCUUCUGGGACGCCAAAGUCGCCUCCAGAGUCGGCGAGAAACUCGGCUUCCGCUUGAAGGAAAUCGGCAUCCGAAACAUCGCCAUCGACGUCGAUGAAGAGAUCUCUAGACCAUUUGACCGCCGUAGAUUGGUUUUGCCGGUCUUUGAUUCGUUACGCCGCGUUGGGGUUGAUAUCGACGGCGCCGAGAGAUUGAGCGAAAUCGGACCUAGACAGGGUUAGUCUUUUCACUGCUCAAUGAUUUUUGCCCUAAUUUCUGUAGUAAAAGAAUUUUUGGGUCCUUUUAUUUGCAGAGAUUAGACUUCUGAAUAAAAUCUAGCGUGAUCCAAAUCUGGUGCUUGUAAAACCCUAACUUUGAUAUCUUCUUUUCGAUCAUAUUGGCAUUUUAAAUAAUAUUGGCAUAUUGCUUGUAGCAAUUUUCAAAAGAACUGAACUGUUGUAAGUUUUAACAUUUUUUUUUAUUUAUGUUUCAUAUAUGUAUUCAUUAUUGAACUCAACCUGCAAGUAAAGCUUGUAGAAUUCAUCUUUGAGGAGA